GGGCGGCAUGGUCAUGGUGGUGGUAUAGGGGCUGCGCUGGGUCAAUUUGCAGGGGCACUUUUUAAUGAAUUUAGCGGCGGCCAUCAACGACCUCCUCACAAGCAUCAUCCACCCCAUCAACAUCCACCACCCCAUGGUGGAAGUGGUGGCUACCCGACAUCUGGAGGGGCCAGUUAUCCAUACCCCGGGGGCGGCCCAAUAUACAACCCGCCGGUACCAUUCGUUACGGGUAUGGGAGGCAUCUAUCCGAACAAGAUGAUCUUCAUCAGCGGAGUGCCAAAUCCAAAUCCAAGCAGAUUUACAGUGUACCUUCAGCAGGGAAGUCAGCACGAGCCUCACCAUAUCGGAAUGUGCUUUGAUGCUAGAUUUAAUUACGGCAAUGACCGGAAUGUUGUCGUAAGGAAUCACAAACAAGGGAACUGGGGUCAAGAAGAGAGGCACGUGACCCAUUUUCCAUUCAUGCCAAAUGGAAACUUUGAGAUGAUCAUUUUGAUUGAGCCACAUUGCUACAAGGUGGCGGUGAAUAAUCAGCAUUUACUCGAGUUUAACCAUCGAGUACGUCAGCUGAACCUGAUUGACACUCUCCGCAUUGACGGUGACUUGAGGCUUACCCAGGUUCGAUUCCAGGGCUAAAUGCGACUCGUACCGCAUCCAGUGUCAGAUGCUGACAAUUUUUAUAAGCGUUUUUGAUGAAUUAAUGUGACACUAUGUGAAACUUUUUCAAUCUGUUAAUUUUUCUUAAAUAAGUAUGUUCUAAAAAAGAGUGCUUUUAUUUUCUUUUUUCUUUUCAUUUUAGCUUUAAAAUUGCGAAUUUGAGUUUUGAUAUGCUGGCUUCAUAUAUAAUAAGUGUUGAUAAUUGUUUGAGUAUUCCAAGAAUUACACCAAAUUGAUUUUAUGUUGUCUAGGAAAAAAAUCAUGAGAUAUUUAUAAUAUUCAAACUUUAAACAGAACUUUCGAUAUUGAUUAUUGUUAAACAGUUACCACACACAUGUUUAAGUAAAAAUCUUCGGGAAAUCAUUUGUUCGGUGACUGUCAAAUAUUUUGUACGUUUGAAUUUGACAAGAUGCUACAGAAAGUAGGCCACACCAGUAUUUUUUCUUUCAUGGAGUUAAGGAUUCACAAAAGUCUGUGCAAUAAAAGAUUUUUUUACA